GACUACCAACAGACAAGUAACAAUGUCGGCUUUUCAACAGGCGGUAGCUCAAUAUGCAGGUCAUACGGAGCCCAUCGACCCGGAGUUGGUGGUAGUAGACCAUGCUUGGGAUGGCGUAGCAUGGGUCCAGAUCUAUUUGCCGGACCCGCAGAUGAUGAAUUCCACUGAGAUGACUUCCUCUAUAUUUUCAACUCCGCUUGAAGAUUAUCAGGCUGCGGUGAAUGCCACUCUGACAGCCUCUGGAGUGUCUUUGGACGAUCUUGGGAUCAUCAUCACUCAUGCUGGCGAUCCCGCUGGCCCAAGUGGUCAAUAUGGCUACAACUACGGCCCUCCCAACUUCUACCGCUAG